CAAUUAUUUCACGAAUACCUUUUGACUCGUCGAAUUUAAUAGGAUAUCUAAAGUCGUUGGAAACAAUUUAUCACUCUCUUUUCAACUUGAGUCUUAUGUCGUUAUAAGCAUGGAUAAUUUUGAACAGCAAAGUACAAGCGGCACUGAUACCGUUGCAUCAACGAUAGAUUUUUCAUCGUUAUAUUCAGCCAUACAACACGAUUACGAGGGGAGCAACAUUUCAAAUAUAAUCACGCAAUUAUUGCGUAUGUAUCAACCGAAAGAUGGUAUUAAUGCAUAUGAACGUGUACUGAGAAAAGUCCAAGCUUUACUGGAAGACAGUGAUUUUCAAAAAAAGCAGCUACUGCUCUCAAUGAUUCCUUCCCCAGACAAUGUACCAGAUCACACGAUUAAAAAAGUGUUUCGUACAACUACAGGUUUUAUUAAACUUAAUCAGCAGGAAAACAAUACGUGUCAAAAUAUAUUUGGUACUAAAAACAUGGACCAAGUAACGGAUAUUUCAUUACCAAAGCAAAAUUUUUUAUGUGAUAAGAAUACGUCGAAUUUCAAGUCGUCGCUUUCCGAAGCUUUUCCUUUUCGAGGUUUUUCCCAGAGUGAAAUUUCUAUGAUUCCAAGUUAUAUAAAAAACAAUUCAUCGAGUUAUUAUCUAAACAAUAAUUCAAAGAACGAGCUGGAGAGAAAUAAUAAGCAUCAAAUGUUGCCUUAUCAACAAUAUCUGCUUGAUAAAAAAUAUUACAUACCUGCUGGAAUUAAUAUGUACAAUACCUCUGCUGAAUCACAUCUUUGUCACUCGUCUCAGAUGGAUACACGCUCCAUGAAGAUGUAUAAUAAUACUGAGAUAAUAGAAAAUUUAUCGCAAAAUAAGAUUCCUCGACAAUUUAAUGACGUUAAAUAUAAAAAAUAUGAAGAUGCACUUGAUAUAGAUAAAAAACCUGGCGUUUCACACAUGAUAAUCGAUAUUGGCCAAAACGCAACAACUACGCAGACAAUUAAAGAUGAUAUACAUAAAACGAAUGUGUGUUGGGACGAAGAUCAGGACAUUAUCAUAAACGCGGAUGAUCUUUUACCAACCCCGAACGAUAGACUUAAAACAAGCUUGAGCAAUUUUUUGAAACGAGCGCAAGAAGGAAUUUCCAUUGAAUUGUCGGCCUUUCCACGCAUCAGGUCGCAUCCACAGGUGGGCUCCUUAAAUUUGGUACGUUUUACACCGAAAGACCUAAAAUCUGGAACACCACCAAAAGUUUUAAGACAAACUUGUACAUCUAAUGUCACAAAUAGCGAUAGUAACAGCUGCUUACUAUUAAAACAGCAAAACACAGUUAUUAACGUAGAAAAAAAUCAGAAAGAAUCGAUUAAAAGGACAAAACAAAAAGUUUAUGAUAACGGAUUACAAAAGAAAUACACUUCUCAGGAAUUCAAUAAAAGAACUCGUAAAAAUGAACUGCAAAUACAACAAAAUAAUUUACAUUAUGAUAUGGAAAAGAAAGAGGGAUGCACAUUCGUAUGCAAAGAGAAAAAUACGGAAAAAUCAAGACAUGGAUGCAAAGUGGUAGACUCAAAUUCGGAUAAUGUAAAUUCAGCAAAUAAUUUUCAAGCUCGCUCGAUGUUUCAACUAGCUGCAUACAAGAAACGAUAUUACGACACGUUAUUGAAUGUUCAAAGAGCGAAAGUUGCAAUAUCGAAUUCUUUAGCAUCUCCCUCGGAUCAUUUAAUAGCCUAUGAUGAUCCGUAUUAUUCGAAUUACAUAUGCCAGCAGCAACACCUGCUUCACCAACAGUGUCAUUUGCCGACGAGACCGGAAUUUUCGAGGUAUCCGGCGGAUCUAUCUGGAUUAUCGAGCGUGCACUGUGAUCAGUACAGUUGGACAAAAUCCAUCUGUAAAUAUUUAUUACUGAAGCAAUUAAGACUCCAACGUCAGACUUCGCCUCUAUAUGCUCGAGAUCAAAGCGGCUGGAUUCAUCGCUACGUCGGACACGUGUAUCCUUAUUCCUCUAUGCCGAGCGGAAGCGAUCAGACAAAGUAUUGCGUACGUCGUAAAAACUUGGAAGACAUAGUUGGAAAAUUGAAGGUGACUGAACGCAAUGACUUGGAUCUCAACAAUUGAGUGAUUUUCCCACAUUAAUUCGAUGAGAAGUUCCAUUGACGUUGUACACGCAAGUAAUAAUAUUCCUCUUAAUUACCAUGUGAUAUCUUCGAAUAUAUGAAUUUGAAGAAUUGACUAAUAUAACAGUAACGAUAAAAAUGUUGGAAAUUCAUUCACAUUAAUAUCAUGUAUAUAAGCUCGAUAUAUGAAUCUUACUCUAAAUGUUCUAAAUAUUUUGCAUUAGCCUUGUCUUCGCGUUGAAAAUAAUUAUUAUGGAUUGAUUUGGAAGUAUUGUAUCGAAAGAUUACUGCAACGAUUUAAAUAUACAUUUCCUGUUAGAUUAGUUAUAUUCCGAUUCCUCAUAAGGCGUAGCUCUUGUGAAGUUCAAUAGAUCGCGUAACGAUUUUGAUAAUUCCGUUUGUAUUUCGGACGAUUGCGUGACAAUGAUUUUUUUUUCCAAUGGCAUAUGCGCAAAAUAUAAUGUUAUAUACUUAGCUGUCGCCGUGUUUAACGCAUUUACUAACAAAUGUACAUUGUUCCGUUCAAGUAACAUUACACAAGGUUCACUCUGACUAGGUUUGUGAUAUAUUGUUAAGUAACAUACACAAAAUCACACGCACAACUCCGCACAAGUCAAUAGUGUAUAAUACUCGCCGUUCCAUUUACCCUUAGAUGUACAAAAUGACAUUUAAAAGAAUAUGUGAUAAUGCUAUAACUUAGGUGUUACGUGACUCAUGAAUCAUUUAUUGUCUAGAUCAUUCGCUAUCGGCUCGACAAAUCGCCAAGACACUAUGUCGCAUGAUAUUUGCGUCACACUUGGUAACCAGUCCGGCCGUCUUAUUUUUAUUUCAAAUCCAUUUUCAGACUUCUGCAAAGACAUUCGACUCACGAUUCGCCUAACAGUCCUACAAUUAAUAUGUCGCUACAGAUUGAUGAUCACUAUAAUUAUUGGCAGCAUCACAUUAUUCAUUCACAUGUAACUAAAUAUAUAAAUACAAUGACACGAUAUAUAUUAAUAUCCGAAUACAUCCACAUAAAUAUUAAAACACAUUAGAAAUAUCAAAAUGAGACGAACACUUCGUAUUUGGGGCGUGUAACGCAUAUAACGCGUCACGUGUGUGUGUCUAUCAUUUAGCGAAUGAGGAAUUAGGCCAGUUAAAUUAUUCUGCUAGGAGAAUUAAAACGAAUUGACAGGAAUUCUGUGAAAUUAAAUUUCUGACUUUCAAUAUUUCGUAAAGAAUACAUUCUGCAAUUAAUUGAAUGUGUUCAUUAAAAUACCCACUUUGAUUAAAUAAAAUUACAAUAAUUUUCCCUAUCAAUUCCUUUUAGCUCGCCUGAUUUUUGAAGGAUCUCAGGUCAUAUACAGAUUUGGAUUGUCAUGCUAUCACUACAGGUCAUUGUCAAUCGAGCUUAGUAUAUAAAGAAAUCUGCGUCUAUUAAUCGUAAUCGAAAUUUAUUGCCUGAAUGAUAAUUUAUUCAUACAAAUUCUAAGGAAACAGUGCUUCUCAUGUAUCACAAACAUACUGCUAUUUAUUAUAUUAACUUCGUUGAAGCAAAUAAUUGUUAUCGAAGUCAAGUGAUAGUUUAAUCUUUAUUGUAGUAAUAAUGACUUUAAUCCAUUUAGCUGUCUCUUGUCUGACAUUGCGCUACUUGACAAAUUACGUUUUUUUUUAUUCUUCUUGAAAAUUUUGAGAGAAAAUUUUUAGUAUUUACAAAUCUAUUGUUACAAAUAACAAUGUGGAAUGUGAAAUAAAAUGAUAUGACGCUAUGUGCACGAAUUCGAAUUACAAGCCUCGGAUGUAAAGUCAUUAAGAGAUUAUGUUACAUUCAAAGAGCGUUAUAUUUCCUCUGGCAGUGCUUGUACACUUUGAUAUAGCUCAAAGCUAAUUGCCUUAUUACGCCAAGUGACACUUUAAUUACCCCUAACGAAAUGUAACUUAUUUCACCUUCAAAUUUUAGCGUACCAACGAGGAAUCAUACAGAAAAAUUACACACUACAUUUCAUUGUGUCCAACAAAACGAGUUACGACACUAUCUAUAUUUGCCACAACGAAGCUGCUGUAUUAUAUGCUAUUUCUCUUUAUGAAUCUAUAUGAACACGCAUUUCUCUUACACUAUUAAUUGAUUUAAGGUCGACGCAUCAAAGUUUCGAUAAAUGUGUAAUUUAUUUGUGUUUACACCCGCGGCAUCGUAUCAAAAGACAAAAUAGCUGUUGCCAGACAAAAUAGUUGUCUUAAUCAUAAUUAGCUAACAUGUUUAUAUUUAUUCGAUCGUAUAAUGGUCGUGAUACAUUGAACGUAGGAGAAACGAGAUAUCAGAGAAAUUCUGAAGACCAUGUAAUGCUAUUAUAUAUAUUAAAAAGAGACUCAAUGGAAUUAUCAAUCAGGAAA